CACACGCCGCGGCUCUCGCCGAACCAUUCAACCUGGCGGAAUCGUCGAAGAAACGCAAGACGUACCACGGGGAGCAUUGGCUCGCGCUCACGCGAAUAUGAGCAUGACUCUCGUCCGGAAUACGUUCAAAGGUUGCAGCGAGGACGAGGCAGCAGGUGUCGUGAACGCGGAGGUGGGCGGAGGUUGCGCGACCGGGGCGCCAACCACAGGAAGUGGCGUUGGAGGUGGUAGCGGGACAGGUAGCGAGGUUGGCGAUGGUGGUAGAGCAGGAGCAGGAACAGAAGGAGGCGGUGGUGGCGGCGGCGGCGGUGGUGGCGAGGGCGGAUCGACGAAGCAGGGUGGCGCGAGGUGUCCCCAGUGCGGCUUCCUCUGUUGGGACGUCCACGUGCUUCAGCUCCAUCUCGAGAACACGCACAAGACCUCGUACGCCAUCGACAAGAACGAUCUCAACGCUCAAUUCCCUCAAGUGUCCUGCAAGGUGUGCAGCAAGACUUUUGCUAACGUCUACCGACUCCAGAGGCACAUGAUCAGCCAUGAUGAGAGUGCCGUGCUUCGUAAGUUUAAGUGUCCCCAUUGCGAGAAAGCCUUCAAGUUUAAGCAUCACCUCAAGGAGCACCUUCGCAUUCACAGCGGUGAAAAGCCAUUCCAAUGCAACAACUGCGGCAAACGCUUCUCCCAUUCGGGCUCGUAUUCGAGUCACAUGACCUCGAAGAAGUGCCUGAUAGUGAACUUAAAGAAAUCCAGGCAUACGAAUGUGAGCAACGUGGACCGCGGGCCGAAAAAGGCGCAACAACCCCUGCCGCCGAGGCGGCGCGAGGUCGAUCUGCUCGCGGCGAAUAAUAACACUUUCCUCCCCAUUCUGCCGAAGCUUUCACCCUCGGAUUAUCAAGAGAUACAACGGGAAGGCACGGGUAUUUACGAUAUGCCGACGCUUCUGCCGCAAAUGAUGGGCCUCGGCAGCUACUUCCUGCAGACGUCCUUGGGCAAGCUCUUAAAUCAGCUACAUUCCAAGAGAUUGGACGAGGUAGCCGAGCAAGUCGAGUCUCAUCGGGAGCUUAUGAGCCCGUCGACGGCGGACUCUGAGGGCACGGAGGGCACAGAGGGCAAAGAAUCACCGGCGCCGACCGACUCGCAAGGCCUCGACGCGGUUCGACGUAUCCUCGAAACGGUGAACACCUCCGUCACGAAGCAAUUACUCGAGGCGAACGUGAGGAAAUUGUCCACCUCGCCGGCCACGAUGAAACGAGAGUUCGAGGAGGAUUAUCAAGAUCAAGACAGCGAGAUGUCCAGCGAGAUGGCACAUUAUCCAGACUGGUCGGAUAAAUAUGACUCGCAGAGCGAAGGUUUGGCGGCGAAACUCGAGGACGUGAAUCAGCCCAGCGCGAAAUCGGGGUACAAGAGAAAAGCGGAGGAGGUGGACGAGGAGGACGAGGAGGUGGACGAGGAGGACGAGGAGGACGGCACACAAACGCACAAUGACAACGGAAGGAGAGUCAGGGCUAGAUCGUUGAUAGACGACGAGCAAUUGGCCGUUCUCAAGGGUUACUAUGCCAUUAAUCCUCGACCGAAGAAGGAGGAGAUCAUCAGGAUCGCCAACUAUAUCAAUUUUCCUACUCGUGUAGUACAGGUUUGGUUUCAAAAUUCCCGAGCGAGGGACCGACGAGAAUCGAAGAUACCACCUCUGGUACCAUUGGCAAAUUCAACCAGUCAGACCGCGUACGAACAGCCAUUAGAUUUGUCGAAGAAAGAGGCACUCACGGACUCGGCGUGCAAAGACAAUGAAACUAUCUGUGUAAAGUUCACGUCGUCGUCUCCUGAUGAACAGAAGAACGACAAUGCGCCGUCGCAUAAUCAAGACGCGGAUGAUCUGGAAGAUUCGCCGUUGAUCAUCGACGAGGAGACCACCGAUUCUGUAGAAACGAAACGCACGGCCCCGAAUGGGAGAGAAAUUAUUCCAAAGGGUCAACCUCAGACAAAUGCAAAGAACGAAAGUGAAAACGCGAGACAACCGGAGGCUUCGCCAGCGGGGGAAAUCGAGCAGGGUGUCUAUUUCUGUGAUCGGUGUGACAAAACAUUCUCCAAGCACAGUUCCCUAGCAAGACACAAAUACGAACAUUCCGGGCAAAGGCCGUACAAAUGCGUGGAGUGCCCAAGGGCGUUCAAACAUAAGCAUCAUCUGACCGAACACAAGCGACUGCACAGCGGCGAAAAGCCCUUUCAGUGCUCCAAGUGCCUCAAGCGCUUCUCUCACUCCGGCUCCUACAGCCAACACAUGAAUCAUCGUUUCUCUUACUGCAAGCCGUAUAGAGAAUAGAAGUAUUCCCGCUAGUUGAAAACGAAGACUCUCUCGCUGAAUUAGCUAAGUAUGGAUGUACGGUCCUUUCUUCCUUCCGCGACACAGGACUAAGCAUUUAGAAGAAAAAAAAGAAAAAAGAAAAAAAGAGGAAAACAAAACAAGCUUGGAAACAGGAAAUAAUAUUAUCUAAUAUUAUCCCGCGCGUGAAGAAAGAAAACGCGUGGGAACCAGAUUAGAAGAACGGGAAAGACUUAACGACGAAUACUUCCAAACGCGAUCUCGCGCACGUAUUUUACACUUGCGGAAAGGCUUGCGUGAAACAGAGCAAGUGAUAAUUAGAGCCUAAAAAAAAAAGUGUAUUUAGCUGAAGAAGGAAACGCGUGUUGAUCGAGAAAGGAAAAAGAGAAGAAACUGUGCGAUUUCGAAGAAGAUGAAGAAAGAAGAACAAUAAGAAGAUCGAAACGACGCGAAUGAGAUUCGACAAUCGCGACUCUGCUCGAGGAAACAGCAGCAUUUUAACAUCGUCACAAAGUGUCACGUGAGUUUCUUCUCAAGUUCGUUCUUGCGCUGAAUCAAAGAUUUAAAAAAAAAAAAGAAAGAAGAAAAGAUGGAAGAUGGAAGCGGAAAAGUAAAAAAUAAAAAAGAAAAAAAAGGAACGAAUUCGUAGCGGCCAUGGGUCGACGAAUUGAAAAAAAAAGAAGAAAAAAAAAAGAAACCAAACAAUACGCAACGGUACCAAAAAUGCAUAAUGCAAUAAUCUAUUAUAUAUUAUAUAUAAUAUACAUAAUAUUUUAGUAUUUUUAUUAACAAGAUUAUUAUAUAUACCAUGACAAUAAUAAGGAAACUAAUUAACGUACAAAUUUGUUAGCCACGUUCGCACGGGGCACGCGAUGUAAUUCAGUCACGACGCGCAAAUUGGCGAAGGGAUAUGACGACGCGAUCUCAAAGUUUCAUUCUUUUUUUUUUUUUUUUUUUUUAAUCGAAUUGCGCGUAUGCAAUUGGAUAUUUCGUAAUGAACGAAACAAAGUUUGAUGAACGAUAAUUAUAACUAUUAUACGAAUGGUGUUUGACGAUCGCAGGAAUAACUUUCUGAAUAUUUUUACAAGUACGAAUAAUUCAUUUACAAGUGAAUG